GGCUCAGUGGCGUAACCGUGUCGUGAAAAACCGUGUUUCCACGAACGCCGCUUCUAGAGACGCCAUGGAGCCGAAGAUGUUAGCAAACCCGUCGAUGGACUUCACCAAUCUUCUGGAGGGAGAUCUGAAGGAAGAGGUUAUGAAGGAGCUGAAGAAGGAUCCAGAGGCACAGACUGCCAACUCGCCAGAGUCCAAGUUGAGCCGAAUCUCCACAGAGGCGUCGGUGGGCGAAGUCACCAAAUCCGUGAACAGCUUUCAGUACGAGGCCCAAAACUUGGACGUGCCCGUGGUCGUCGUCACCUCGGAGAUCCACCCGUGGUCCAAAAGCGGCGGCUUAGCCAUCGUUGCAGCGCAGUAUGCAUACAACUUUGCCAUCCGCGGUCACCGCACCAUGGCGAUCGCUCCGAUGUACGACAACUAUGACGGGGCCUUCUAUCAGUGCACCAAAUCCUUUGAGCUCUUCGGUGGCCUUCAUGAGGUUCACUACUAUCACCACUUCCAGAACUACGGCGAAGGCAAGGGAUGCGAUUACGUCUUCAUUGACCACCCAUCCUUUCGCAGGCCAGGUGGUCUCUAUCACAAUCUCUCGGACAACCAGGAGUACUCUGACAACCUGUUUAGGUUUGCACUCUUCUCAUUGGCUGCUUUGGAGGUGCCAGUGGCCAUCGAACUGGGUGGAGCACCCUGCUACGGUGGACGAGUGAUGUUUAUAGCAAAUGAUUGGCAAACAGGACUGCUGCCAGUCUACAUGGUGCAUAGGCAUCGUGCCUUCGGGAACUACAACCAUGCACGCUGCAUGUAUGUGAUCCACAAUUUGGGCUACCAGGGAUGCUACCCUUUGCGAUUAGGUUUGCCUGGCACCUUGCAAUAUGACAAUUUUGCGCAGCUUGGCCUUCCUUUUGCCGCCUUGGGAGACUUGCUCUACCAAUAUCCUUUGCAUGAAAGAACCUUUGAAGGUGACUCAGGAGAGACCCUGAAUCUCACCAAGGGAGCGAUCCAGUGCUGUGACCGCAUCGUUACAGUGUCCCCAACAUAUGCAGAUGAGAUCCGAACGCUUGAGGGUGGCUUUCGUUUGCAUGAUUUUGUUGCAACCAAGAGCUACUUCUUGGUGGGAAUUCUCAACGGCAUUGAUGCGAGCUGGGCGCCCGAAAAGGACAAAACCAUUGCCGAGACAUUCUCUGCCGAAGACUUGUCCGGCAAGAGGCUUUGCAAACGGCAUUUGCAGCGGAAGUUGGGCUUGAAAGAAGACGACGACGCUUGCAUUUUGAGCUUCGUGGGGCGGCUGACCUCACAGAAAGGCAUUGACCUGAUUGGCUCCUGCGUUCAUUGGAUUAUGGAGGACCACAAAGACGGCCUGAGCAACGUCCAAUUGGUGAUGAUGGGCAAUGGCGAGGAAGACUUCGGUCAUAUGCUUCGUUGGGCUGAAACCACUUGGAAGGGCCGAGUCUGCGGCUAUUGGGGCUUCAGCCCACAAAUCGAAAAAGAGAUCAUUGCUGGGUCGGACUUCUUUCUGAUGCCCUCCAGAUACGAGCCCUGUGGGAUCCCGCAGAUGUGUGCAAUGUUGUAUGGGACCAUACCGAUUGUCCACGCGACAGGAGGUCUCAAGGACUCUGUGAAGAGUUGGUACACAGAACCUGACACUUCCACAGGCUUUCACAUUUGGCCCUUGAACGAAGACAGCUUCAAGAAGGUGAUCUUUGAUGGCCUCCACUUGUUCUUCCGGGAACCUGAGGAAUUCAACCAGAUGCGACGGAGGGCCAUGGCACAGGACUUCAGUUGGUCUCGAGCCAUUGACGACUAUGAGCGGCACUUCGAUUGGACCAUCGCGGAUCCACCGUUUUGGGGAAGGCCUUGAGCGUCGUCUUCUCUCCCUCCGCGUCGCAUCGCGUUGCGUUCGACCGGCGUCGUCAGACGCAGAGUCGUGACGAUGCGCCGCACGGCUGGCCGACGUGAAUUCAGCUGGUGCCUUGCUGCGGGUGGUGCGGACGUGCGCCCAGUACACUC